GAAGGCGGGCGAAAUGUAGCGGAAGUCCGUGUAGCCGUGCAUGCCCUUGUGUAGCUCAGCCACGAUUUACUGAAGAAUAAAGAUAAAACCGCACAACUUAAAAAUUAUGAUCUAGUGUCGUUUCUGGAUUUGGGCACAGACAAGUCAUAAACCGAUUAUGCCACUUCAUAAAUACCCUCCCAAUAUCUGGAAUGUUUUAAAAUUGAAGCAGGGCAUUUAUGCUCGUUUACCAAAGCAUUACCUCAAGUCCUUGGAGCCAAAGGAACCUACACCUGUCCACUUCAGGCCUCUGGGUGUUGAGUACAAACUCAACCCAAAGACUGGCCAAAGAGAGAGAGUGCAGGAUGUCCCGAUCCCUGUGUACAGUCCUCCACAAUCCCAGGAUGGGCUGUGGGGCGGAGAGGGCUGGAUAUCGGGCUACAGAUAUGCAAACAAUGAUAAGAUGUCAAAUCGUUUAAAAAAGACAUGGAAACCACAACUGUUCAAACGAGAGCUUUACAGUGAAAUCCUCGAUCACAAAUUUACCAUUACAGUCACAUCCAGGACUCUGGACCUGAUUGAUGCAGCUUUUGGUUUUGACUUUUAUAUUCUCAAGACGCCAAAAGAAGACCUCAACUCCAAGCUGGGUAUGGAUUUGAAGAGGGCGAUGUUACUCCGCCUGGCACGCAAAGAUCAAGAACUUUAUCCCCAAGACUCUGUCAAGAGAGAGAGGGUGUACAAUAAGUAUAAGAAGUUUGAGAUCCCUGAAGAGGAGGCAGAGUGGGUGGGCCUGAGUCUGGAGGAAGCUGUUGAAAAACAGCGGCAGCUGGAGCACAAGGAACCUGAACCAUUAUUUAAAGCCAGUGUGGACAAACUGGUUGAGGAACUGCAUAUUCAAAAACUGUCAGAGCCACAUCUCAUAGAGAAGAAUUGAAUCAACAUGCAACAUUGUUAUGUCUGAAAGAUAAAUGUAACUGAUUGUAAUUGGAAUACUGUUUAAUUGUAAAUGCAUUGUGGUAUAUUUAAUAAAAUCUGUGUUUUUAUUUA